AUGGCGAAACGUGAUGACGCCACGGACGCCUAUGCUGCCACUUCUCCUGAUGCUCCCAUUCCGCCGUCCUCCACCAACGCACCCAGUUCCUCCUUUGGUGCCUACAUGUUUGAAAUCAACAAAGAGGACAAAUCCUCCACCAUGAGUGAGGGAGCCAAUGGGACGGCUGGACUGGAGUCCUGGAUGUGGGCAGAGGCAGAGAAGUGGCUGCUGGUGUCUGUGUUGGGACUGGAGAUGGCAAUGGGAGUAGUGGGAAACUGUCUGGUUCUCCUGGUCAAACUCAUGGGAAGGGGUCAGUUCUCCUGUCGAUACUGGCUUCCCUUCAUGAGUCUCACCUUGUCUGACUUAGGCUGCUCCCUCCUCAUCAUCUCUGGCUCCCUGUUGGCCAUGCUGACAGGAGGUCAAAGGUCACCAUGGUGUGAGGUCGUCAGCCUGCUGAAGUUUGCCUUCAUCACCUCCUCCAUAGGAAGCAUAGCCAUCCUCUGUGUGCAGCGGCUGAUGGGUGUGGCCUCCACAGGAAGUUUUUCCUUUGUUGUCAUGGUGAUGGCAUGCCUGUCUUCCUGGGUAACAGGAGUGCUGUUCGGGAGCAUUCCUGUCAUCUAUACCUGGAUCAGGUAUGACCCAGCAGAGAUGCUGUGUGCGGUCUUCUGGGAGAGCAGCUACUCAGACAUGCUGGUCUACAUCCUCUGUGCUUUCUCCAUCUGCAUCUUCCUCCCAUUCCUGCUCAUUCUGCUCUGCUCCCUGCUCACCGCUGUGGGCUGCAGCAGAGAUGAUGAUGAUGAGGAAGAUCUGUCCUCUGUCACUCCACUGCUGGUGGCCGUCUACCUGCUCUGCUACACUCCCUUUGUUGUGUCUGAGCUGAUCCUCCUGGGCAGGCUGGACCUGUCUCCAGCUCCCGAUUGGCUAAGGACGCUGUCAUCCGUGAUGUCAUACCUGGACUGUGGACUGAACCCGCUCAUCUACUGCUCUAAUCAAGACUUCCGAGAGGUGGGCCUGGCCCUUCUUUGGACCAGGAGGAAGUCAUUUUCAGACCCUGUCCUAACUGGCAUAACUAAACUGAACCUUUAA